CACUCUACCACAUUUUUCUUCUUCCCAGAAAUGGAGCGAUGGAUUUUGCGAGUUUAGCGGACCAAAUUUCCACACCCUUCUCUGCCCAUCAAGGUCUGUCAUUUUCAGCCUUGAUUCAUAUCUUUAAUAGAUACAUGCGCAUGCAAAAUAAAGUCCAUAUGCUUGUAACGGGCGUUUACAGGUUCGGACUAUUCUGAAUAGUCGGCCGAAUCUUGCGGUUCAGUUGGGUAUUCGCAUGGAUUUAAAGAGGCCAAAGAAGACGAUGCAAAGUUGUCAAACUUAUGAAGAAUCAGGAAGGCAUGGAGAAAACAAGAGCAAACGUCCACGAACAGAUGACGAUGAAAGAGAAGCCCAGGAAUUUUUCGCUUUGGUGGAAAAUAUCCAAGCACUGAAGAAGCUAAUGAAUUCUGUUCCUGAAGGAAACAACUGUGCAAAUCUUAUCAAUGGUAGAUCACCCUGGAAGCCUGUAUUACAGUGGGAAGAUUUUUCUAACCUGCCACCUAAGCGCAGCCCUUGUGCUCAGAUGGGUAUGAGUUGUUUCACACAGGAGGGAAUUAGCUGCGGAGUAUCCAGAGAAGCAGAUAAUGAAUGUGAGAAAUAUAUGGGUGGGAAGAGUUUUGAUCUGAAUGAAGAACCCACCUCGGAACAGCCGGUCACCAGGUCAUUGAACUUGUUUUCCUAGGGUUUUGAACAUUCAUGGUGUUUUAUCUAAGGAAAGUCAUAAAUGGUGUGCUUAUUACUGCUUCUGUUUCUUUAUAGCCGGUCAUCAAGGCAUUGAAUUUGUUAUCUUGAGGUUUUGAACAUACGUGGUGCUUUAUCUAAGGUAUAACAAAAGUCAUAUAUGGUAUGCGUAUCGUUGCUUUCUUGUUCUUUAUAGCAAUGCGUAGGGCAAAAUGUAAUUUGGGUUUCAACUUGUGUGAAAUAUAGAACUUCCAUAAGUGGCUUAAAUUUCCUAUAUAUAUAUAUAUUGCUUUCGGUUCUUUAUAGCAAUGCGUAGGACAAAUUGCUAAUUAGGUUUUAAACUUGUGUGAAAUAUA